UUAUUUUAUUUAUUUUCACGCCCCAAUUUUGUCCGUUACUUGAGCAGCUUCCCUCUUCUUCUUCUCGCCGCCUCCGCCGCUGUUGCCGCCGCCGCCCACCGAAGAAGCCUUCCACCUCGCUUCUGCAUUAUUAUACUCGUUCCAUCAGUUGCUUCAUCUCUUCCAACGGUUGCACUUCGGCAGACGAAUAACAUCGAGGAAUCAUGGAGGACCAGCCGGUGCUGUUCCUGUACGGCGAUUUGGAGCUGCACAUCUUCGAGGCGCGUGGCCUCCCGAACAUGGACCUUUUCUCGGAGCGCCUCCGCCGAUGUUUCACAAUCUGCGGCGCCUGUCAACGCCCGACCGGAGGCGCCGACGGGGAUGGACACGGUAGUGGCGGCGGCGGAAGUAGCCGCGACGGGAUGAAAGUUCACCACCACCGGAAAAUCAUCACCAGCGAUCCUUACGUCACGGUCUCGGUUCCCCAGGCCACUCUCGCGCGGACGCGCGUGCUCUCCAAUUCGCAGAAUCCGAAGUGGAACGAGUCGUUCCACAUCCCGCUGGCGCAUCCUCUAGCCUUUCUAGACAUCCGCGUCAAGGAUAACGACGUUUUCGGAGCCGACACGAUCGGGAAGGUCUUAAUUCCCGCCGGAGACAUCGCUUCCGGCCUGGAAAUCUUCGAUUGGUUCCCUAUCAAGUCUGCUUCCGGCAACCCUCCGAAACCGGACUCAGCGCUGCGAUUAAAGCUGAAAUUCAUUCCGUGUGACAGAAAUCCAUUGUACAAGCACGGCAUUGCAGGGGAUCCUUCCCACCGCGGAGUUCGCAACACUUACUUUCCCCUUAGGAAAGGGAGCAAGGUGACAUUGUACCAGGAUGCUCAUGUAAGGAUUGAGGAUAAACUUCCCCAAAUUGGGUUGGAUAACGGGUUAGUUCGUGAGCACGGUACAUGUUGGGAGGACAUAUGCUAUGCUAUAGCAGAGGCGCACCAUAUGAUUUACAUUGUGGGGUGGUCUGUAUUCCACAAGAUUAAAUUGAUUCGGGAACCCACAAAACCGUUGCCUCGAGGAGGGGACCUGACACUCGGGGAGCUAUUGAAGUAUAAAUCUGAGGAAGGGGUGCGAGUUUUGCUAUUGGUUUGGGAUGACAAGACUUCCCAUGAUAGGUUCUUCAUCAACACGGAUGGAGUGAUGAAAACCCAUGAUGAAGAGACGAAGAAGUUUUUUCGUCAUUCAUCUGUUAUAUGUGUUCUGUCACCACGAUAUGCAAGCAGCAAACUUAGCUACAUGAAACAACAGGUAGUUGGAAAUCUUUUUACACAUCAUCAAAAGUGUGUUUUGGUCGAUACGCAAGCUCAUGGAAACAACCGGAAAAUUACUGCAUUUUUAGGUGGUCUUGAUUUGUGUGAUGGACGAUAUGAUACACCAGAUCAUCGACUAUUCCAUGAUCUUGAAACUACUUUCAAGGAUGAUAUUCAUCAACCUACAUAUCCUGUAGGAACACAAGCUCCAAGGCAGCCAUGGCAUGAUUUGCACUGUCGAAUUGAUGGACCUGCUGCAUAUGACGUUCUUAUUAACUUCGCACAACGUUGGCAGAAAACAACCAAAUGGAAAGAAUUUAGUCUGCUGAAGAAAAGGAUGUCACAUUGGCAUGAUGAUGCAAUGAUAAAAAUUGAGCGAAUAUCAUGGAUAUUGAGUCCUGUGUUUCCUAUUUCGAGGAAGGGUGCUUAUAAUAAACCUUUUUCAGAAGUUGAUUCUAAUAUUUAUGUCUCUAAGGAGGAGGAUGAAGAAAAUUGGCAUGUGCAGAUCUUCCGAUCGAUUGAUUCUGGAUCUGUCAAAGGCUUUCCGAAAUUCUAUGAUGAAGCUCAGGCACAGAACCUUGUCUGUGCCAAAGAUCUGGUGAUAGAUAGAAGCAUUCAAACAGCAUAUAUUCAGGCAAUAAGAUCUGCUCAGCAUUUUAUCUACAUUGAAAAUCAAUACUUCCUUGGCUCUUCGUAUGCCUGGCCAUCAUACAAAGAUGCAGGUGCUGAUCAUCUAAUUCCGAUGGAGUUAGCUAUGAAGAUUGCUAGUAAAAUAAGAGCCAAGGAGAGAUUUGCUGUUUAUGUUGUUAUACCAAUGUGGCCUGAAGGCAAUCCCAAGGAUAAUGUUAUGCAAGAAAUUCUUUUCUGGCAGGGUCAAACAAUGCAAAUGAUGUAUCAAUAUAUUGCAAAGGAGAUCAAAGCAAUGGAAUUGGAUGCACAUCCACUAGAUUAUUUGAAUUUCUAUUGUCUCGGCAAACGGGAACCUAUGACAAGUGCUACUGAUCAGGUUUCCGAAGAUGCAGCAGCAGAUAAGGUUUCAGACUCUCAAAAAUUCCAACGCUUCAUGAUAUAUGUUCAUGCCAAAGGGAUGGUGGUGGAUGAUGAGUAUGUAAUAAUAGGAUCGGCUAAUAUAAACCAAAGAUCGAUGGCUGGAACAAAAGACACAGAGAUAGCCAUGGGUGCAUAUCAGCCUCAUCAUACUUGGGCGAAGGAGGGACGUCAUCCACAUGGCCAGGUAUACGGGUACAGAAUGUCUCUGUGGGCUGAACACCUUGGAAUGGUCGAAAAAUGUUUUGAGGAACCAGAGACGGUCGAAUGUGUGGAGAGAGUGAAUUUGGUAGCCAAAGAAAACUGGAGUAAGUAUGCAGAUGAUGAGUUAAAAAUAUUGCAAGGUCAUCUUCUCAAGUAUCCGGUCGAGGUUGACGCUGAUGGCAACGUAAACCCCUUACCGGAAUACGAGAAUUUCCCGGACCUUGGAGGUAGGGUCCUCGGAGCUCAUUCUACUGCUAUACCUGAUGUCUUGACAACAUGACAAUAUAUAUACAUGUAUGUAUGUAUAUUGUAUAUUACCAGUUGUCAUUCAUCAAUGUUGUACUGUUUAAUUAAUGUUCUUUCUUUCUUUUAUUUUUUUUAUCAAACAAGUUUGUUAUGUAGUUGGUGGUGGUUGUUGACAUGUUGAGAGCUUCAGAUGAUUCAUGAUUUGCUGGGAAUAAUUUUGGUGUUUUCCAACCUCCAUUAUUCAUUCUAAGUUAAAUUAAUUUCAUCCUCUGUAUCGAAAUAUUUUAUGAUUGUAUUUACAAUAUUAUACUUCAUAUGCAUUUUAAAUUCAA